AAUCUAUCCAUGCUUCUACCAGAAGACACACACCGAACAGCUGGGACCACGAAACGAAGCUGCUAGCCCGGCGUCGUGACGGGAUCGUGCCGUACGGGUGCCCGUGUGUUUAGCUUCUCUGGCGACACGUAAAAGACCGGCGGAUUGGUCGUCUUUUUUGCCCGUGUUAGCCCGGCCUGCUGCUUUCCUUCCCCUCUGUAGAGAGCAGAAGAAGACUCCAGCAACAUGGAAGGGCUUCCAGAGCGAGGCCGCCGUGCGUUCUGGGGGGGGAAAACGCACCCAAGAACCACACCGGUGGUGACGGAAGGGCCGUUGCCGCGCCAACACCGCGAGUAUGCCACCGCUGAGAGGGCGGCGAUGGACGAGGAAGUCGGCCAAGCGGUUGAGAAGGACAAUGAGCGAGUCAACCAACGCAUCAAGAGGAUAAUGAUGUUCGUGGUGGUUGCGCUGGUAGUCAGCGCGAUUGUAGAUAUUGCCUGCCACGACAACGUCAGGACGUGGCUUGAAACGUCGUUCGACUGGAUAGAGGACAACCCCAAGGCCGGGGUCGUGGUUUUCGCCCUGCUCUUCUGCUUGUCGACCCUGCUUUUCGUGCCCGGGCUGCUGCUGACGAUCGGAGCGGGGGUGGCCUUUGGAAGGGCUCUCGGGUUUGGUUUCGGGGUCCUGUGGGGCUCCGUGGCUGUGUUGUUGGGAGCGGUGGUGGCGUGUGUCAUCGCCUUUUACCUCGGUCGGUAUGUGCUGCACGAGCAGGCGCAGAGCUGCGCCAAGCGCUACCGGAUCUUGAGCGCGGUGAACACCGCGAUCGAGCGGAACGGGGUUAAGGUCAUGAUCCUGCUGCGGCUCUCGCCCCUGGUGCCCUUCUCCGGCUUCAACUUCAUCGCGGGCCUGACGAAGGUCUCGCUGCGGGACUACCUGCUGGGCACGGUGGGCAUCGUCCCGGGGACCCUGGCAUUUGUAUACAUCGGGGCGAGCACGGCGGGCACGAUGAACGAGGAGGUACUGCUGUAUGUUGUGCGUGCUCGACAGCCGAUUGCACGGUAUGUAUGUAUGUAUGUAUGUUGA